AGGCGCCUCCCGCCCCCCGCAUUGCUGAUGCUGCUGCUGGCAGACAUGGACGUGGUGAAUCAGCUGGUGGCCGGGGGUCAGUUCCGGGUGGUCAAGGAGCCCCUUGGCUUCGUGAAGGUUCUGCAAUGGGUCUUUGCCAUCUUCGCCUUUGCCACAUGCGGCAGUUACACCGGGAAGCUCCGGCUGAGUGUAGAGUGUGCCAACAAGUCCGAGAGUGAUCUCAGCAUCGAGGUUGACUUCGAAUACCCCUUCAGGCUGCACCAAGUGUACUUUGAUGCACCCACCUGCCGAGGGGACACUGACAAAGUCUUCCUGGUGGGAGACUACUCCUCAUCAGCCGAAUUCUUUGUCACAGUGGCCGUGUUUGCCUUCCUCUACUCCAUGGGGGCUCUGGCCACCUACAUCUUCCUGCAGAACAAGUACCGAGAGAAUAACAAAGGACCCAUGAUGGACUUUCUGGCCACGGCAGUGUUCGCCUUCAUGUGGCUGGUUAGCUCAUCAGCAUGGGCCAAGGGGCUGUCAGAUGUGAAGAUGGCCACUGACCCAGAGAACAUUAUCAAGGGGAUGUCUGUCUGCCAUCAGACAGGGAAUACAUGCAAGGAGCUGAGGGACCCUGUGACCUCUGGCCUCAACACUUCAGUGGUAUUCGGCUUCCUGAAUCUGGUGCUCUGGGUCGGCAACCUGUGGUUCGUGUUCAAGGAGACAGGCUGGGCCGCCCCAUUCAUGCGCGCACCCCCUGGCGCCCCCGAGAAGCAGCCAGCGCCCGGGGACGCCUAUGGCGAGGCGGGCUACGGGCAGGGCCCCGGCGGGUACGGGCCCCAGGACUCCUACGGACCCCAGGGUGGCUACCAGCCCGACUACGGGCAGCCCGCCGGCGGCGGUGGCGGCGGCUACCCACAGGGAGACUACGGGCAGCAAGGCUAUGGCCCUCAGGGUGCGCCCACCUCCUUCUCCAAUCAGAUGUAGUCUGGUCAGUGCAGCCCGGGAGGACCCCAUGGGUGGGCAAGAGCUCAGAAGCCCUGCCCCCCUUCCCACCCCUACACCCCAGGUCUCCGCCCCUCAAGCCAGGAGACUCUAACUCUCUUUGCUGUUUAUAUAUAUAUAUAUUAUAUAUAAAUAUCUAUUUAUCUGUCUGAGCCCUGCCCCCACUCCACACCCCUCAUGCAUUAGGGGCCUGACCUUGAGUGGGCCCCUCUCCUACCCCCACUGCUUCCCUUGCAUCCCUUGGCCCCUCUCUGUUCUCUGGCCCUGUUCCCUGAGGUUGGGGGACUCUGAAAGGGGGACAGGGAAAAAACAGAUCUCAGCUAUGUGGGGAGGGUGGGUGUGACUUCAGAUUCUCUCCCCUCUCUCCCUUCCCUUCUCCCAACUUGGUCUGGAUUCCUCCAGCAAUGCCUGGACAGGGGCCAUUAGGGGAAAUUCAACCUUGAGAUGGGAUAAAGGUAGACUGGUGGACUUGAGAUGCAAGGUGGACUUGGAGAGGAGCUCUGGGGUGGAGAGGACUAGUCAGCCAUACUGGAUCUGGAGUCAGAAGAGGGAUGCCCUAGGGCAUUCUGGAGUGAGUCUUGAAAGGAGGCUGAGGGCAUGGGUGGAGCCUUGAGUGAGGCAGGGGUUGGGCCCCAAGAGUGGGCAGGAUUUGGAGUAGGACAGGAUUUUGUGUAAGGGGUGUGACUUGGAACCUGGAGACUGCCUUGGAAGAUCAUUGAGGGCAUGGUUCUAGAGGGGUGGGGCCUGAAUCAGGUAAUGGGGAAGGCUCCAAAGUGGGCAGGUCUUGUGUUGGGACUCGUCUAUGGAAGGGGUGUAACUAGGAACAUUCAGGAGAAUGAGUUUGAUUCUAAAGAGGAUAGAUCUUGUGCAAGGGAAGAAGUGGGAUUCAGGAAUGGGCUAAGCUUGAGGUGAGGUCAUGGUCUGGGUUCUAGGCAGGGCAGGGCUUAGAGUGGGUGUUCAUAGUGGUUUCAGAAGGGGCAGCCCACCCUAAUGGAGCAGUGAAAAAAAUAUGUUUUAGAGUGGGCAAGUUUGGCAGUGGGGGGCGGGGGCAGGAAUAUCCCUGGCCAAAGCUGGGGACUGAACUGGCCUGGGAGGAGCUAAGAGGUAUAGCUUGGAGGGUAAGGGGUGGGACCCAGAGAGAAACAUCCUCCACACCCUUGCCCACCCCCAUGAUGGGACAGCUAGGUAAUCAGAGGACAGAGCCAACAGGUCUGUGGGGCCAGCCCACCCUUCUUCCCCUUUCCUUGCCUCCUCCCUCCUUCCAUACCCCCACCCAUCCUGGGGUGGUUGGAGACCCGGUCUGGAGUCCCUAUCCUGCACCCACUGCUGUGUCUGUGACGUCAGUAGUGCCUGUGAUUGUGUGUUGCCACUUUGUCUGGCUGUGGUCCCUCCCCCUCUCCUCCAGACACCCACCCUUUUCCUUGCCCUUCAGUAUUGUUUGAAGACCUCCCUAAGGAAGAACAAAUAGGAUUAAUUCUCCUCCCCUAAAUAAACUCCUCAACCACCUA